AUGACUACAAGAAGGGUGAACGUAAGAAGAAGGGAAGAGGAUAUUGUGAAUGAGGGAGUUCCUCCCCAAUAUCCCCAAGAUUCUCAAGUUCCUCAAGCCCCUAUUGAUAAAUGGGCUAUGAAAAAUAUGGAAAUAAGGUCAGCUCUCCAAAUAUUGACUCAGGCCGUGACGGCUCAAACCAAUAGGGAUACUAGGACCCAUGUGAAUCCCAAUGUGAGUACGAUCACUUCAAGGAUAAGAGACUUUGCUAGAAUGAAUCCUCCCGAAUUAUAUGGCUCCAAAGUGGAGGAGGAUCCACAAGGGUUUAUUGAUGAGGUUUUAAAGGGGCUUGUUGCUAUCGGGGUGUCUCCACAAGAGAAGGAGGAAUUAGCCGCCUACCAAUUGAAAUAUGUGGAACAAACUUGGUAUGAUCAAUGCAAGGGUGAAAGGCCCCUAGGAGAGGGUCUGGGUAAAUUUGAUGGUCAAGGUAGACCAAGGUUAAAGAGAAGGUUCUCGAAACAAGGCUCAUCUAGUGCUCCAAGGUUCAACAAAGAUAGGGUGUCUAACCCUAAGCCUCAAGGAGGCAAUAGAGGUGGAUAUUCUAUGGUGAGGCUUACUUGUGCUAAAUGUGGCAACAAACAUGAUGGUAAGUGCCUUAUUGGCACGGAUGGUUGCUAUAGUUGUGGGAAGAGUGGUCAUAUGAUGAGGGAUUGUCCCAUGCUUAAGGCUCAAGGAAGAGAGGGCUAG